CGGCCAGGGUCCCUCCCCAUGCGGAGGGCCCUGCUGGGCCGGGAAAACUACACUUCCCGGCAUGCCUCACCUCGGGUGCGCCUGCGUACCGGAGCAACUCCGCUGGCGAGCGGGUUGGUUUAAAGAGCUGUUUUAGUUCCAUGGAAACAAACUUGGUGGCCGCAGGACAGAGCUUCGGGCUGGUGGAUGAAUUAGGGAUGCAUAUGGAAACUACAGUGUGUAGACCAGUCCUGUCUCCAACCCACAUCAAUGCGACAGCUUCUGAAACCUUUACGGUGCUUCAGCAGAAGAUGAGGAUAGUUGAGGAACAGACCAGCUCUCUGAGAGACGACCUAAUAAUGCUAGGAUAUGGUGACAGACGAGGUCAAUUAGAAACUUCAAACUAUUUAGAAGACCCUGCCAGCCAGAAAGCCAUUAGUCCUGUCCCAAAUGAAGUAAUUUGUCCAGAAAGCCCAGGUAUUUUAUGGAAGAACUACGAAUUUCUGGUAAAUCGAAUGUGUUAUUUGGAGAAUCUCAUCCAGUCCUUGAAGAUGAACAUCUUUCGCCUACAAACUGAAAAGGAAUUGAAUCCACAGAAAACAGCUUUUCUGAAUGAUCAGCUAAAUAUAAUACAGGGGGAGCAUUCCAAGGACCUGAAGCUGUUGCAACUUGAAGUGAUGAAUUUGCACCAGCAAUUGAAAGUUGUCAAGGAGGAGGAAAACAGGGCACAGGAUGAAAUGCAAAGAUUGACUGCCACUCUGGAAAUCGCCACGGAGACAAAGAAGAAUGCCACUGUUAUUGAGGAGGAGCUAAAGACCACAAAGCGUAAAAUGAACCUUAAAAUUCAAGAGCUACGGCAACAACUGGCUCAGGAGAAGGAUGUCAGGGAGUCUCUUGAGAAAUCUGCAUCAUCCAUGCUCCUCAAAGUACAAGAGAUGGGCUCAGUGGUGGAGGCAGAACGGCAGCAGGUGCACACUUUGCAGCAGAAGUGCAUUUCCCUACACAGCUCUAUGAAAACAACCCAAGAACUGCUGGCCCAGGAGCAGCGGAAGAAUGAAGACUUGGAGAUGACUACCCUGCAGCUCAAGUCUGAUCUGAAUUCCAGAGAUAACCUGAUUUACAAGUUGGUUGAAGAAAAUAAGGGUACACAAAUGUCUCUCAAGAAGGAACAUGAAGAAAACACAUACUUAAAAUCUGAAAUACUAUCCCUUCAAGAUGUAUCAGGAAAAGCACAGGUUUUGAAUGACCAGCUUUCCAAAAAGUGUUCAGAGCUAACCAGCAUGCUUCAGGUUGUUAAAAUGGAAAAUUCCAGAAUUAUUGCUGAACAUCAUGCUAUUUUGAAGGUGGAGCAGAAAAUGAUAACAGAGACAUUUCAAGAGCAAAAUUUACUGUUAGAUGCAGCCCAUGCCAGCAUCACAGGCGAGCUUCAAACUGUGCAGAAUGAUAAAGCACAACUCCAGACACACCUAGACCGUUUAAUCCUUGAGCACAAUCAGUGUCUCCAGAAAGCACAGGAGGCUGAGAAGAGGACAAUGGUACAAAAAGAACUUCUGGAAUCAACUAUUGCAAGACUACAAGGUGAACUGGAAGCAUCAGUGCAGGAAAAGAAGUCUCUGCUGGAGAAGAAUGAAUGGUUUCAGAGGGAGGUUAAUAAAACAGAAAAAGAAGUAGCCAAAGAAAAAUGCAAUUUGGAAAAAGAAUUAGCUGAAAGCAAGGAAGACGUUAAUGUGUUGAAUCAAAACCUGCAGACUCUAGUGAAAGAAAAUAAGCAACUGACAGAUAAAAUGGCUUCCCUUGAACAUCACAAAGCCACUUCUGACUACCAUGGGAAAGUGGAAAAGGCCUUGGAAAAAAUUACUGAUAGUAAAAAUAAGCUUGCCUAUGAAAAGGGGAAACUCCAGAUAAAAGUUAAACAGCUAGAAGAACAGCUGCAUUCAUUUACUGAAACCAGGCUGCAGAACGACCAUCUACACCAACUGAAUAAGGCUUUAGAGAUCAAAUAUACUCAGGCAAACUCAGAGCUGAGUGCCAGCAAGGCAUAUCUGCAGCAGUCAGAAGCUCACCUGAAAGAGAUGAAAUCUAUUCUUGGGAAAAAUGAGGAAGAACUGGCCCAAGCAGUGAAGUGUCGAGAUGCUGCUCUGAAAGAGAGCCAGAAGUUGAAAGGGGACCUGGAGGCGCUGGAGGACAGGGAGAACAAGAAGGUGGGGAACUUUCAGAAACAAUUAGCAGAGGCUAAAGAAGACAACUGCAAAGUUACAAUCAUGCUGGAAAAUGUGCUGGCUUCUCACAGUAAGAUGCAGGGAGCCCUGGAGAAAGUCCAGAUAGAGCUCGGGCGGAGGGAUUCAGAGAUCGCAGGCCUCAAGAAGGAAAGAUCUCUAAAUCAACAAAGAGUACAGAAGCUUGAAGCAGAAGUGGACCAGUGGCAGGCCAGGAUGCUAAUUGUGGAAGCCCAGCACAGCAGUGAGAUGGAGCCACUACAGAAGUCUCUAGAUGUAACUAGAGAAGACAACAGGAAACUGGCCAUGAGCCUAGAGCAAGCUCUCCAGACAAAUGGCCAUCUGCAGUCUAAACUUGAUCACCUCCAAGAAAAACUAGAAAGCAAAGAGCGUGAGCGGCAGAGUCUGGAAGCCUUCAAAGAGCGGAUUGCUGAGGAAUCCAAAGUUGAAGCAGAACUGCACGCAGAGCGCAUUGAAGCUCUGAGGAAGCAGUUUCAAACUGAGAGAGAGACUGCAAAGAAAGCAUCACAGAGGGAAUUGUCUGAGCUGAAGAAAGCUCUUGACGAAGCCAACUUCAGAUCGGUGGAAGUGUCCCGGACAAACCGAGAGCUACGACACAAAGCUACAGAGCUGGAAAAAGUGGUGAACAGUAACAAGGAAAAGCUCAAGAACCAAAGGGCCCAAAUAAAGCUGCACUUGUCAGCCAAGGCAAAUAACGCACAGAAUCUGGAGAGGAUGAAGCAAAUAGAAAUGGAAUUGAGGCAAAUGGAGUUAAUUAAGGAUCAAUAUCAGAAAAAGAACUAUGAACAGUCACUGAGCAUCCAGAGAUUUGUAUCUGAAAUGAACACCCUCCAGAAGGAGAUGGAGCUGUUGGCUAAGAGCCAGUAUGAGACCUCAGCGAGAAAUAAGCAGCAGGAGCUGAGACUAGUGACUGAGCGAAAAACAAGGCAAGAGCUAGAAAAUCGGUGCAAGGAAUUGGAAGAAACUAACAGACACCUGAAGAAAUGUAAAGAAGCGACAGAAAAUAAACUAAAAGAAGCCAGUGUGGAGUCAGAACAGAUAACAGCUAAUCUGGAAGAAGCUCACCGCUGGUUUAAAUGCAGGUUUGAUGGACUACAACUUGAGCUGACAAAAAACCGGUUGCAGAGGCUUUCCCGGGAAGACAGCUGGCUGGAAGAGAAUCAAGAUAUGAGGCGUAAUGUUGCAACCAGCCAAUCUGUUCUACAUCGAUGGGAAACUAAACAGAACCUUGGGCUUAUGCCCAAGAAGUACCACUCUGACACAGAUCGGAAGAAGUGAUCUUGACACGGAGUCUCCUCCAGAGAAGCUAUUCCUCUGUGAUUCUGCUGGCCAGCAAGUGGGGCUGGCCUGUUUCUACAUUAUAAGAACAUGGUGUGUGCUGAAGAUUUUGGACUUUAUCCUUUAGAAACUCUUUUGUAUUACUGCAGAACCAACUUAUCUCUUUGUCCCUUUCCCUAUUUUCUUCCAAAUAAAUUUAAACUAGUUUGUUUUAUGAUA